AUGUGUCGUCCAACAAAACAACAAAUUGCGAAAGAAACAAUUGUUGAUCAUUAUUAUCAAGAACAACAAAAUAAUGUUGUUCAUACAAUUAUGUUACAACAACAAAUGGAACUAGAACAAUUACUUCAAAUAGCAGAAAAUCUCCGAAAUGAUAUUAUUAAUUUACAUGAUCAAGAACAAGAAUUAAUUCAACGUUUAAAUAUGAUGAAAACGUCGCAAACAUCUUUAUUAAAUAAUAUUUAUUCAUUUUUAUCCAAUAAAAAUGUUCUUUCAUUUGUUUCUGGUUUAGUCACAGGUUUCUAUAUCAUUCCUACUAUAAGUAAACUAUUGUCUUCAGAACAUGUUUAA